UCUGCAUAGUGCCAUUGAAGUGAGUCAUCUGUGGGAAGUGUGGAAAGAAAAAGAAGAAAAAAAAGAAAAAAAAAGUUAGAGCUGUUCCGUGAAUAGCGGAUAGCCGCGAUUAAAGCGUGUAGUAGACUUGACGACGGAAAACAUCCUCUGGACCGGGCUCGGCUUUAAAGCCGUUGUGAACCUGCGUGAGUCACUAGCUUAGCUUUACAGGUUCGCUCGCCUAAAACUGGAUCGGCCGCCAAAGGUGCGCUGCGGAGUUGAGUCGGAACUUUGCGCACCUGAGAGGAUCCCACGUUGGCGUUGGAGACAAACGUUUACGGUGGAGGCUCGACACUGACAACAGCACAACAACAACAACAACAACUACAACAACAAUAAUAAUACAAGUGUAGAAGUGUCGCAACAGCUGUGCUCCACCGCGAUAUCUGCUCUACCGACUUGCUAAAGAGGCUUUUUUGUGUAUGCUGUGUCAGAUUAGUCUAAAGAGACUGAAACUGCACCUCGUGUUUGUCAACACCUCUCCGGAUACCCCCCCCCCCCCAAAAAAAACUGCCGACGUCUCGAGUCAAGGGAUCUCACUGGCGACGCGUGUUCGUAACUGCGGGGGAAUUUUAAAGGCUCCGGAGCUCAAAAACCAGCCUGCUUGAAAUCUUCCUCUCUCUCCCUGGAUCAUGUACCAGGACUACUCCGGGAACUACGACACUUCGUCCCGCGGCAGCAGCACCUCUCCGGCCCAGCCAGAGUCCUUCACAAGCGGCAGCAGCACGAUAGGCAGUCCGAUAUCUACCUCAAGCUACCAGAAGUAUAGGGUCGAUAUGCCCGGCUCCAAUAGUGCCUUUAUCCCCACCAUCAAUGCCAUCACGACCAGCCAAGACCUACAGUGGAUGGUGCAGCCCACCGUCAUCACCUCCAUGUCCAACCCUUACUCCCGCUCCCACCCCUACAGCCAUCACCUGACCAACGGGCCAGGGCUCCUGGGGCACAACACACUAGCCCGACCCGGCGUCAUCCGCUCCAUCGGGGACGCCCGUGGACGACGCAAGCGGGAUGAACAGCUUACCCCAGAAGAGGAGGAGAAAAGGAGAGUGAGGCGUGAGAGGAAUAAGUUAGCUGCAGCCAAAUGCCGCAACCGCAGACGGGAACUCACCGAGAUGCUCCAAGGGGAGACCGAGAAGCUGGAGGAGGAGAAAGCAGACCUGCAGAAGGAGAUCGAGACCCUGCAGAAAGAGAAGGACAAGCUGGAGUUCAUGCUUGUGGCCCAUAACCCUGUCUGCAAGCUGCCAGCCGAGGAGCGCCACCAACAGGGGCUCCACCAUCACCAGCAGCACCAGCAGCAGCAGUGCGCCCCCCUUCCCCUGACCAUGCGCUCAAACAUGGGUAACCGUGGCCCCAUGAACCCUGUGGUGGUAAAGCAGGAGCCAGAUGAAGAUGACAGGGAGGUGGGCAAGCCCCAGCGCUCGGUCAUUAAGCCCAUCUGCCUGGGCGGCGGCGGCGGGAUGUACAUCACAGACGGAGACAGCCUCAACACACCAGUGGUGGCCUCCACCCCGGCCUCCGCGCUCAAUGCCCCCAGCCUCAUCUUCACCUACCCCAAUAUGCUGGAGCCAGAGAGCCCCUCACCCUCCUCUGAGUCCUGCUCCAAGGCUCACCGGCGCAGCAGCAGCAGCGGCGACCAGUCGUCAGACUCCCUCAACUCCCCCACCCUCCUGGCUCUCUGAGCGUGAGCCUGGUUGGCGAUGCCAGACGGUGGUGGUGGUGGUGGUGGUGGUGGUGUGGGAAGGGGGAGGGCGGACAAAUACUGUGGCCGACGGCAAGCAUACGAGCAACCGAGUGCCGCCCGGUGUCUAAAAAAAAAAGACUCAAGAGCACAUUCAGAAGUCUGGACCAAACUGAUCGCAUGAGCCGUUUCCCCUCCGAGCAGGGAGACACACAAGGGCUACACCGCUUGUCUCUCCUUGUUACGCUUCAGUGUAAUUAUUAUUUUUCUAAUCUGUGUAGAAAAGUGUGAGCAACUAAUCCCGACAAGUGUUUUCCAUGCUCCAUUUCAACUCCCGAGUGUCAACUUGUUUACUUAAACAGAUGAAUUUAAAGUGUGAGAUGCCUAAAUCGGGCAGCUGUUAGUGGGGUUGGCAACUUACAAAACAGGUUCAAUCUAUUUUCUUUUUUUUUUUAAGAAGAAAAAAGUUAGAAAGCCAUGUGGAGAAAAUUGCACUCUGCCAAGAUCAACCAAUAAGUCAUGAUAAACGAGGUCAGCAUUUUCCCCGGAGUUUCUAUCAAGACAUAAAGACAUUGAGCCAUCCUCUCGCCCCCCCCCCCCUUUUUAGAUUUCCCCUUUAUUUCCCUAAACCUUGGGACCUUGGUUCUGGAGGGGAUGAGGAUGUGCUCUUAAAACAUUUUUUGACAUUGUUUCCAUCUCUUUAAUUGUAUUUAUGGCCUGUGCUGGUGCAUUUUUGCAAAGUGUUUUGUUGAUCCAUCGUCGUCUCCUUACCCGCCUGUAGAAAAGCGACAUGGUUCGCCGCCGGAGCGAUCCAGGAGUCCUCUGUGUUGCAAAAGGAUACGAGCCAAUUUUGAUUCAAUGCCUAGUUCCUCAAUACUCUUUACCUACUCUUUUGCCGGAGAAUUGAUGGCUUGACUUUACAGUAGUAUUGAUGUGCUUUUCCUCAGUGGUCUUGUACCUGAACUUUUACAACAUGUUUAUGGCAAAGUGUACGUGAUUUACAUCGAUGUCAGGGAUAUCUUUCAUGUGUAGUUGAACCCCUUUCCCAUCCCCGAGACCAUUCCAGGAAUGCAGGUUUGUCAUGUGGUCUAGCCAAAGUGUUGCCGUCAUCGUCUGUGGAGGGGGAAUGUUUUCCUUCGGUCUCAUCCCGCUGUUGUCAGAACGGUUUCGUCGUUUUGGAAAAAUAUUGCCUAUGGAAAAGAUCGAACGAAACCCUCCGUAACUGGAUUCUGUAGUUAUACUUUUCUCUUUCUUUUUAUUUUUUUCUCCCCAAUUGUACUUGGCCAAUUAAUUAUCCCACUCUUCUGAGCCAUCGCGGUCGCUGCUCCACCCCCUCUGCCGAUCCGGGGAGGGCUGCAGACUACCACAUGUCUCCUCCGAUACAUGAGGAGUCACCAGCCGCUUCUUUUCACCUGACAGUGAGGAGUUUCACCAGGGGGACGUAGCGCAUGGAAGGAUCACACUAUUCCACCCAGGUCCCCCUCCCUCCCGAACAGGCUCCCGACCAACCGGAGGAGGCGCUAGUGCAGCGACCAGAACAUGGACCCACAUCCGGCUUCCCACUCGCAGACACGGCCAGUUGUGUCUGUAGGGACGCCCGACCAAGCCGGAGGUGACAUGGAGAUUAGAACCGCCGAUCCCCGUGUUGGUAGGCAACGGAAUAGACCGCUACGCUACCUGGACACCCUUUUUUCUUUUUCUUUUUUUCUUUCGUCCAAAUCAGAGCACGUGCCCUAUGUGUCACUGCCUAUUGAGGCAGGUCAGGUUUGAGAAGCCAAAAAGGUCCUACAGCUGUAAUCCUGUUAGUUUUCGCUUGAAGGAGGCGUUUUGUUGUGGUCUAGACUCUUCUCAGCUGGCAAUGAUGUCAAACCCUGAUCGAAAUGUUGUUUGUAAACUUGUCCGUUUUAGUAAAGAAACUGUUCAAUUCAACUCAAACGUGCUUAUUUAUGGGUGUAUGAAAGUACGCCAGCCCCAUAGGUACUGGGUAGAGACGAUGUCAGUAGUGGGCCAGACGUACGACUAGUGGUUUCUACCUUCAGGGAAUAAGAGACUCUCCAGCGGCCUGAGAUGACAGGAGUCACCACGAGGAGAACCAAUAUUUCUGCAGAGGGUCUACAAAGCACUUGUUUUUUUGUGUAUAUCUUAAAUGGGGUGAGGGUUUUUGAAUACCAAGCACUGAGAAGAAUAAGUAUUUAGGAUUUAUUUGUUUAACUCAAAACAUUCCUUGAAAAUGUAAGGUCAGGGGUUAAGGGGUGUAAUAACCUUUGCUAUAACUUUUUUUUUUUUUAUCUAUGGAAUAAAAGAUGGGGCCGGAAGACUUUUGUUGUGCUGGAUACAGCAAAUGGACUUUGACAGUGGGGAGAAAAAGCUGCUGCUUUCGAAGGAACGUGUCUCCUAUUUAUCGUCCAAUGAUGUCGGGACUAGCAUCACCGGAUACGGUAUUGUGCGGAUGCAACAGGGAAUCUCCUAUAUCUUAUAUUGAUAACAUAUGACAAAAAAAAAAAAACUGAUACCAAAAACGUAAAUAUGGGAGAGUCUGAUUUGUCUGUAUGUUGAAAUCUUCUGGACCCCCCUAGAAACACAUAGGAAAGCCAUUGACUGUAGAUCUUCUACUGUACAUGUCAUCUACUGUCUGUCGCCUGUUUUCAGCUACUAUCACUUAUUUUCCAAAUGCUUUAUCUGUUAAAAAUGAUUCAAAAUGAAUAAAAACAGCAAUAUGCAUCGCA